AUGGCGUCCAGCCGGGUGCUGGAGAGGGAGGUCCUGGAGGAGCCGAGACGCGCUGCAACCGCUAACAUCGACUUCUGCCUCCACAAACACUCCCUGCUCAUCAUCGUCGGACGGACGGCUCCCCUCAGACACGCGGGACACAUCCGCGAAGACAUAGAGCGAGGUAUCCGGUCAUGGGACGUUGACUUAAAAUCCUGUAACCUGAACCUUUUUCUCCAAGAGUUUCUCUCCCAUCACACGGCAUCUUUCAAAGGUGCAGGGCAGACAUUCCUGCGCCACAGUACCAGAGUGUUGGACACUCAGGUGCUGAUCAGUCCAUCUCCAGACCAGGUUCAUUCAGAGGUGUUGGCACUACUAUCGAGAGAUUCAGCACACAAGCUGUUGAUAUUGGCUGGUCAGAGUGUGGAGGAGAGCGGGGACCUGCUGUUUCACAGAGGGCUGUUCUCACCACAACUGCUAAAACAAAUACUAACAGAGCAGUUUGCAGAUCUAGAGAUCCCUCCCUCCUCCUCCAAACUCAGUCUGACUCUCAGCUGUCCCAACAUCGGCCACUGGAGGAGGACUCUGUUGGAAAACCAGCCCCUGCAGGUUCCGCUCACGCUGCACAUCAAUCCCCCAGAGGUGCUGCCCGCCAUGGAGGCGCUUGGGGAAUUCACCUCCCUCAUCUCUGGCACCAUCUCUCCUCCGUCUCCCUUCGACCUGCUGCCACCUCCCACCACUGUGGGUUUUCUCAAGCUGUCCCGCCCCUGCUGCUAUGUUUUUCCUGCCGGCCGUGGUGACUGUGCCUUCUUUGCUGUUAAUGGAUUCACAGUGCUGGUGGACGGCGGCUCAGACUCUCAGGCCUGCUUCUGGAAGUUGGUCCGCCAUCUGGACAGGGUCGAUGCCGUUUUGUUGACACACAUUGGGAUAGAAAACCUCCUGGGGGUCACCACCUUCCUGGAAAGGAAGGUGGCUGAGUUAGAGAUGAGUGCUGAUGUCAAAGAUGACACGUCAAAGAAGCUCAUCUCCCCUGAGCUUGGAGUUGUCUUCUUUAACGCCCCCAGCAGGCUGCAGGAGGAACAACAGCCCUGUGUUGACAACGUCCUGAAGAGCACACACCAAGCAGCCCUGACCCUAAAGUUGUUAAAGAAGUUAGAGAUCAGACCACAUCCACUAUUCCGGCCACAAGGGGUCCCUAUUGAGCCACUAACCCUGUUUCAAAAAAUGGGUGUGGGACAAUUAGAUUUGUAUAUCCUGAACCCUGGCAAAAAUAGUCAGGAGUACCAGACAUUUAUGCAAAACUGGCCUGAUGCAGUUUCAUCGGCAUCCAAAUCCCACACUCUCCCUCUCACCGCCUUGGCCUCAGUGUCAGCCCUGCUUGUGUGGCACCCAGCGUGUCCCCAGGAGAAAGUGGUCAGGGUGCUGUUCCCUGGUAUCACUCCCCAGGCCAAGCUGCUGCAGGGUCUGGAGAAGCUGAAGGGGCUAGCAUUCCUGCAGAAAUCCAGUGUGACCACUGGGGAUCUGGAGAGGCUGGGAGAGGACAGACAGGCCAAGAGGACUGAGAGCCAGGACAGCACGAGGAAGGAGAAGGAGUUGACACCCAAGCAAGGAAAGGAUCGGGGUGGGAAAGAGGAGGGAAAGGAGGUACAUGUGCGGGAAAAAGGAAAAGUGUUAAAUGGAGUGGUGGUGAGAGACAGUGAAAAAAGCAGAAUCAAAGAGACCGGUGCAAAGCAAAAAGCAGCAACAUCAGAGAAGAGUACUUCAAAAAAAGGUGGUGGGAAGGAUGGGAAAAAGGAGGAGAAAGCUGGCAGUAAAGAUGAGACCAGUGCAAUAAAAAAUGAUCAAGGGAAAAAGGAAGUUGUCAUUUCUAAACCAAAAAAUGAAAAUAAAACAAAACUUAAAAAGGAGGUGAAAAACGACUCUAAAACAGGGACAAAGAAAACAAAAAAAGCAUCAGGAAAGGAUGUAAUGAAUGGCAAAAAAGCACAUGUAAAUACUGAACUGCCAAAAAACAACUCAUCAAAAUCCAAAGAGAAAGCCGUGUUAGAAACAACAGAACCAGAAGGUCUGGAUGAAAAACCAGAGAAAGAGCCUGAAGACAUCCCAUGUGGCUCCAAACUUUCCACCCCUGAGGAUAUGACAGCUGAUUUUCUCCAGCUCCAAGCAGAGUCUGAAAGAGAAGAGGCCAAUAAAGGGAAGCAGAAAAUCAUUGUGUCAGGUAAUGGAAAGAUCCCCGGAGCCCUGAGCCAAGAAAUAGUUAGUGAAACUGUUGAUACACUGGGGAAAGAAGAAGCAGGUUGUAAAGGGAUAAUGGGAGGAGAAAGUGGCGGUACUGGAGUGCAAGAAAAGCCCGGGAUUAGUGAGGAAGCUGAGCAACGAGUGCCUCAAAACCAGCCUAGAAAUUCAUCCAAGCCAGCAAAAGUUGUCGGAUUUCCCUCUCCAUUGAACAAGGCACCAAUGUCAGAAGGUAUGGUCCCACUGGACAUAACCCCAACUGAAUACACUCUCCUGGAUGGGGCUUUGAGGAACAGUCCUCCCUCGCGAUCGUCUCCAGAGAACCAGGAUGCUGCCAGCCCUGAUGAGGAGACUGUCGAGCAAACCUCCCCUGAUUCACGGCCCAAUAGUGCGGGCCACACUCCUUACUGUCUGUCCCCAGAUGAUGUGUGGUGCAACAGGGCUACUCUCAGCAGGUUACAGGCUCAGCUCAGCGACUCAGACUCAGCUGAUGCCAACCAGCCAAAUGGAUCAUCCAAGCAAACCGAAGGGCCGCUGAAAACCACCACCGAAAGCCACUCAAACCCAAGAGAGAAGCAUCUCAGCUUCCUUUCUUUGGGUCCACUUAAAGAUGGAUCUUCAGAUCCCUCUCCCUCAUUUACUACCACAACCACCACACACUCCAUGCCUGCAGAAGUGAGCUCACCUCAGUCCACAGAGGUUGACGAAUCACUGUCCAUGUCCUUGGAGCAGGGACCGACAUAUGGGAGCCAGAGAGAAGGUGAGGACAGUGUUCAUCACUCAAACUCCAACGGCAGCCAUUUUGCAGCGUUGCCUCUGCCAGCAAAGAAGCCUCCCAGAUUAUUAGGGCAGGGAUCAGAAAUGGGCCGGGCUCCAGCUCCCAAUACACUUCACUUUGAGGCAUCAGCUCAUGAUGUGGAUCUAUGUCUGGUUUCCCCCUGCGAGUUCAAGCAUUUCAAAGCACCUGACUGUAGCUCAGGUGUGAGUGAAGCCUCUAGAGCUGCUUUUCAUCAUGGCAACAACAACAACAACCCAAAAGAGGGAACCCCCAGUGAGUCAAAUGCCCCUGUCUGCACUGAGGACUGUCCAUCCACCACAGCAGAUGGGGCUUUGGACUCAGAUGAGGAAGAGUCUUGCAGUGAGCCAUCUAACUCCCCCCAUGAACUUCACUCUAGUCGGGCUUUGCCUCAGGACCCACCUCCAGCCCCUCUCAGGGAUAGUCCCCCCCUGCCCCCACACCCUGAUGCCUCCAUGCCUGUUCCUCAGUCUGACUCUGAUGCUCAUGGCAAGAGGGCAAAAGGGACUGGUAUGCGAGUGACAAAAGCACCAGUGGUUCUUGAAGCACCCCAAAGACCAGGCUCAGGUAAAAGCAAGACAGGGAGUCAAAGUGGAGUAACAAAGGUUUCUUUAACUCGUACUCCUUCUUCUAGCAACCGCUCAACACCAGCAAAAUCCUCACCCAAUCCAGGCUCUAAAUCUACCUCUAAUGGGGAAGUCAGCGUGUAUGUAGACCUGGCCUACAUUCCCUCUGGAGCCUCCUCUUCAACAGUCAACGUUGACUUCUUCAGGUGUGUUCGCUCCUCAUGCUACAUCAUCAGUGGAGACAGUCCUGAGAGAGAGGAGCUAUUGAGGAAUACACUGGAUGCACUGUUGGAUGGCAAAACGUCCUGGUCUGACACUAUGCAGGUGACAGUGAUCCCUACCUUUGAGUCAUUGCUGAUGCAGGAGUGGUACCAGCAGACUCUGGACAGACAGCGGGAGCUGGGCAUCACUGUGCUCGGAUCCAACAGCACUGUCGCCAUGCAGGAUGAGACCUUUCCUGCCUGCAAGAUCGAGUUUUGAGGAAGAUAUGGGCAAACAGCAGCAGGUGACGAAGGGUGAAUUUUAUCCCAUGGAUGCUCACGGUAUGUUUGUGUGAGAAAGAAAGUAGACAAGGCAAAAGAACUGAUAUAAAUAUGACUUAGGAAACAUAGAUUGUGGCUUAAUAAAGAGAGUAAUUGCCCCUCAUGAAGGAACACAAAUACAUGGAUGAUGACACCCAUCUCUCCCUGGUGAAUCAUUACUUUCUGGGCUACUUUUGAACCCAAAUCAGCUAACAUGUCUUUAUAUGAGGAGGACACUUUCCUGUGGGGAGUGUUGCAUGAUUUUUCUACCCAUGACCCUGUGCAAAACAGGAGAGGAAAUAACACUGGCUGCAAAAGACGCAUGUCGGGCUGCAAACUUGUGGAUCCACAUGAAAGCUGUAGAUUAGUCAAAAAAGUAAGCAUACAGAGGGUUAAAAAGUGCAAUCUGUCAGCUUGUCCUCUUAAUACACUCAGCUCUGAGGUGUAAUAGUAACUUGUGCUGUGUAAAAUGGUCGGCUUUGCUGCUUUAAGUGCAUAUUUUUGUUUUACAUCAGUCAAAUUGCUUAAAACAGCAUCAGUUGCAUUUUAUUUCUCUUAGAAAACAGUGAGUUUUUAAUGCAGGUGUAUUUUAACAGCUAUUUUUCCUAUCUGAUUUUUUUAAAGUGUCAUUGUGGCUUCUUCUUUGUGGACCACAAGCUGUAAAGGACUUGGAGUAAAAAAAAAUCCUAGCAGAUUUGAUGCAUCUGAUGAUAGUGUGUGAUAAUCUCCUGCUGCAUUUGACAUGGCUCAAUCUGGGCAUGCAAUGAUGAAUCCAUCAGUAGGGAUUAGAAGAAUGCCAGAUUAAAUUUAAUAGCAUUACAGCAAUCAUCUCAAUAGACAUGGUAAUUAAUUAUAAUCCAUUGCGGCUGCUCAAAAUAAUCAAGAAUCAGACUGCAAAUGCUUUUGUAGGAAACAGACAUUUACCUAUUAUCUGACUAAACAAAGUGAUGUGCUUUGAUUGUGGAUUUGAUUGUAUAAAUUGAUAUUUUGCACUGCAUUAAUACUUGGUGUAGUGACUAUUGGUCGUCACCAAAUCUCAAAAUUGUAUUUGUUAAUACUAAUACAGAGAAAGUAAGCAUUAGAUUGUAUUCAGCAUUGAAAAAUCAACUUAACAAUGAAUGAUGCAUGACUGAUCUAAUGUAAGUAAGGCAGUUUGGCUUUAUUUGAUGGGUUGAUAUUUUCUUAGAAAGGUUAUUAAAAUGGAUAGUUACAGGGGAAACAAAUACAAUAUGCAAUUUAAAAUUCACAUAAAUUCCAAGCAUUUAAGAUUACAAAAUGUAUCUAUAUAAUAACAUAUAGAAUUAUUUUGUAAUGACUUAUAAUUUUACUCUGUCUAGAAGGGAGUAGCUUCUUUUAUCUUUAAGUAGAAACCACAUUAAAUGCAGUUUUCUUACAUUCCCCAGAAAUUUUAUUACAAUUACAGAGCAAGCAACAAAAAGGCAAAGAAAAAUUGCAAAUGGAAUUUGUUAUUUUCUCUCUGCUGAUUUUAUCCUAUUUGAAUUUGUUUAAUAUCUAGUUACAUGUAAAGAACUCGGGACUGAACAAAUUCUCAGCAGGUUUACACCGCAAAAACUUAAAUCUUCUCAAGUGUAUUUCACUUAAUUUUGAUUAAAAAUAAACCAUUCCAUUCAAUAAAAGCCACAUUUCCUUUAUAAAUCCAGAUAAACAUCUAUUUCAAGAUAUUACAAGCAUAAAGAUUUGUAUUUCUUAAAGUCCCUGUAAAGUGAAAUUCAAACAUUGUGUCAUAACACACUAGAUAUGUUGGAAUAAGGCUGCUGUACAUGUGACGACACUGAGAUCUUUGUGUGGCUGAAUUUUUGAUUUAGACCGAAAGUUGUUCACCUCUUUCCUGGCUUGGUGUUAUCUGGGCAGGGUAAAUAUAGGAGCCGAUGACAUCACCAGUUUAUUGCUGCAAUGAUAUAAAACCACAGAGCAGUUCCUUGCAGUGCAGUCUAUUAUUAGCUGAUGUCACAGCCUUCCUUGAAAGUUAACAGCCAGUUACAUGCUGUGUUUUUGUUCAUUGUAAGGCCAGUUUACCAAAUCUAUCAGCCAUGGUGGCCUACGGGUCUUUAAUGACUCACAAUGAAGAAUUUUGUGCCAGAAAACAGUAAAUUUAAUCCCAAACUUCUGUCUUUCUGCUCUAGCACAGAGCCAGGCAGCUGCGCUCUGAUCAGAAGCAUUUAUAAACGUUGAGAGGAUCCUAUUUCUCCUGAGUGGGCGUGGCUUCAGCUCAGUCAACGGACAGGUCCACACUACCCUAGAGCAGAUUUUAUAGCCUCAUUUUUCAGGAUUUUGAAGCUUAGUUUUAUAACUUAGAGAUGCUUUUCAUAACUGAAAAUUGGCCUGGUGGGUCAUAACACCAUGGCCUGUCACAAAACAAACAUGAAAUAAAGAUUUUUUUUUUUCACUUCACAGGGACUUUAAAGUAACUGAAGCAGCUGCCAAUACAGAAAGAAAAUGUUGAUCUUAUUGUUGGCAGUGUUUUUGCAUUGUACUGUCUGAUGGAGAAGUUCACAUAAAUGUGAUUGUGGCCGACAGUUUUCCUAAUACCGCAGCAUGACGUCACAACACCCCACCAAGUGUUUCCUGCCUGUCUGAAUGCUGCCACCUAGUUAUAUUUAUGCAAGUGUAAAUUACCAUGUGAUAUUUUUACUUUUUUUGUGCAAUCCUUUGUCUUAAUUUAUUGUUAUUUCCUCAUCUUUUAAAGUCACUUUUAUUCCACUUAAGACUGUCUCCUACAUUUGACACUUUUCCGCAAAAAGUUGCUGUCAGGAUGUGAGUUAUCACAGGUAACAAGAGCUUAAACCCCACUGUAGCCAAGUGAAUUGUAACUAUGUGUAUUUGUCCGCAUGUAUUAACUACUGUAUGUACUGUUUGACGUUUCAUUCAUGAUAUUCAUGAAAACGGAGAGCAAAGCACUGUAGGAGAGCAGGAUGGUGUGAUGAAAGACAUCACUGCAGGGUUGAACAUGGACAACCUUUCACUGUACUUGUAUGUAAGUAAACAACAAUGUGAAAAUAUGAGGCUUUGGAGCCGGGAGUAAUGUAUGAAUAAAGAAUGUGCAUCACCAUUUAAAGUGUUGUGGAU